AUGGGGACGGGACGGCUCCAGGACAUCACAGAGUUAACCAUGAAAUUUGAAUUUAACCCGAAAGACGGGAUCGAUAACCCAGCCCUAUCUCUGGCGGAGGAUUCUGAGCUGGAGGGCGCUUCGCAGCUGCGCUUCUGCACAUUGAAGAAAGAAAACGGAGAGAGUUUUGGGUUCUGGCUGCGCGAAGAGGUGGGCAAGAGCGGGCACAUCGUGAGGCACGUGACGCCAGGAGGGAUGGCCCACCGCAGGGGCCUACGGGGUGGCGACCGGAUCCUCGAGGUGAACGGCGUGGAUGUUGAAGGCAUGGAGCAUUUUCGGGUGGUUUGGAAGAUCAAGCACAGCGGGAAGCAGCUCUCGCUCACCAUCCUGGACGGAAACGCCUACGACGUGGCCAAAGCCCUCGACCGGGAUCUGGCCCAGCUCCUGCCCCGUCACAACAGGCCACGGCUCUGCUGCGUCACCAAGGACCAACGUGGCUUCGGCUUCAGUGUUUCGGCUCCAGAAGGUGUGAAGGGAACAUUCCGGCUGUAUGUGGCAACGGACGGGCCGGCUCAUAAGGCGGGAGUGCCGGAUGGUUCCUGGCUUCUGGAGCUCAAUGGCGUCAGUGUGGAGAGCUGGACCCCUGCCCGGCUUAACAAAAAGCUCAAACGCAGCAGCAACCCAGUCGGACUGUUGGUAAUUGAUGCAGAGUCGGAGGAGUUUUACCAACAACGCGGCAUUAAAGUCACAGCAGCCAUGGCUGACGCCUCUUGGGUCCCUUUCGAAGUGCGCAAACUCCAGAUGGUGAGAGGGCCGGACGGCUACGGAUUCUUGUUGAAAGAAGAGAAACGCAGCUCCGGAAAGUGCGGGCAGUUUUUGACAGAGGUGGAUGCUGGGUUGCCUGCUGAGAAGGCAGGGAUGAGACUCGGCGACCGCCUCCUAGCCGUGAACGGAGAGAGCGCUGAAGAUCUCGACCACCAGGAGGUGGUGUUGAAGAUCCGAGCCAAUAGCAUUCGGGUGACUCUGUUGGUCAUUGAUGCAGAAGGAAGCAAGUUCUACGAUUUGGUUGGGUUAUCACCUCUCCUAUUCUACGACGACCCAGAGCCUCCGUCAAGCUUGCACGUCCACCGUGCUUCUUCUCCCAGCAUGCUUCAGGAAAGCAGCAACACCAUCUUGACACCCUGCCUCUGUCACCUCGGUACACACUCUGGGAAUGGACGGCCACCUUACCAACUUGAUGACAGUUUGCAGGCCUUUGUGGAAGAGGGACAAGACGGUCUGAGCCAGGCAUUCUAGAGGCUGCCUCGUCGUCGUCGUCACCAAGAGUGUAACACAAUUCCAGCUCUGCAUUUAUGAUGGAAGUGAGCUCCUUUGCACAGAUACCAAUGCUGCAAUUUGAUCCCUGCCCACGCAGCCUGAUUCUUCCUGUGUCACACAGCUGCUUCAUGGAUCAAUCCAUCUCCACACUCUCUAAAUGCUUUCUGCAGAUCCUUGGAACCAGGCUAUAGACUCACGGCAGGUUGCGAUCGGAGGUGGAAUCCAUUGAGGCUUCGCUGAAACCCGUGAGAAUCAACAGGAGAUUAUCCUCAUGGCUGCUUUGGGGCGUGACUCCAAAAACAAAGAGGCAGGAAGUCUUGCAACUCAAGAAUGACCUUCUGUCCUCACAUUAGGUUUGCAAUUAGUGGGAAGAGGAACUAAGCUGCGUUAAAGAGAAAUUAACCACAGUUUUGAAACGCUGCCAUUGCUAAAAUGAGAAAGGGACGAGGACUCUCUGUUCCGAAACCUCUUCCCCAUUGAUUUGAGAUGCAGUAAAAAGGAGAUUUGGU